AUGCGUCUUCUCAAUACAUCGUCACUGCUACUGGCAGUGCUCAUGUGGGUAGGAGUGAGCGCCUACUGGCUUGGUGAUCUUCCCAAUCAGGGCGUUGCCCCAUUUGCUGGGGCAGGCUACACUGUCCGAAGAAAUGUUCGCGAUUUCGGAGCUCGAGGUGAUGGAGUUACGGAUGAUACCGCUGCAAUCAACGCAGCUCUCCAAGCUGGGAAUAGGUGCAACAUUGGAUGUGCUUCCACAACGACCACGCCAGCCCUCGUCUACUUCCCGGCAGGCACUUACUUGAUCUCUACAUCUCUUCUGCCUCCUUACUUUACCAUGAUGAUCGGAGAUGCCUCCAACCCCCCUAUACUGAAGGCAACUUCCAACUUCCAAGGGUUUGGGCUUAUCGACGCGAACCCAUACCAAAGCACCGGGGACCUUAACUGGAUAUCAGUCAACAACUUCUAUAAGCAAAUCCGCAACUUCGUGAUUGACACGACAAACAUCCCACCUCAGACUCCGGCCACUGGAGUUCACUGGCCUACGUCGCAGGCCACUAGCAUGGAGAAUGUUGAAUUCCGCAUGCCAACAACUCCCGGUGUCGUCCAUGUAGGACUUUUUAUCGAGUCUGGGUCUGGCGGUUUCUUGAGCGACUUAACCUUCAUUGGUGGUGCUACGGGCGCCAGCAUGGGCAACCAGCAAUACACCAUGAGGAACCUGAUCUUCAAAAACUGCGAUGUUGCAAUCAUCCACCUUUGGGACUGGGGUUGGACUUAUUUUGGGCUCCAGAUCGAAAAUGCACGGAUUGGCAUCGACAUGUCAUCGUUGACGGGCACCGGCUCUCAAAAUGUUGGCUCGUUGACUUUGAUUGACAGCACCAUGACAAACGUCGCGACUGGUAUCAAAACCGCUUUCUCUUCAAACUCUCAACCGCCGACAGCUGGCAGCGUAAUCCUUGAGAAUGUCCAGCUCAACAACGUACCGGUCGCCGUCACUGCCGCACAGGGUACCGUUCUCACUGGCUCAACCGGGUCGACAACAAUCACCGGAUGGGGCCAAGGCCACCGCUAUGUUCCCAAUGGACCCAACAGAUGGCAAGGUGCCAUCACUCCAGUCCCUCGCCCGGCAUCAAUGCUUUCUGGAUCUAGGUGGUACACCAAGGCGAAGCCCCAAUACGAGACUCUUCCGGUAUCGUCCUUCAUCACCGCCCGCUCGGUUGGUGCCAGAGGUGACGGCAGUACCGACGACACCAAUGCUCUGCAGAACGCCAUCAACACUGCCCAGCAGCAGGGCCGUGUUCUGUGGAUCGACCAUGGAAUUUACCGAGUGACUGGCACCAUCACGAUCCCGGCUGGCUCCAAGAUUGUUGGCGAGAGUUUCCCCGUGAUUAUGAGCUCGGGUUCAUUCUUCGCCGACAUGAAUAACCCCCGACCGGUCGUUCAAGUUGGUGCGACGAGCGGAACCGUGGGGCGCGUUGAGCUUUCAGACUUUAUGGUAUCGACGCAGGGUGCCCAGGCUGGAGCUACUCUGAUUGAGUGGAACUUGGCCUCGAACGGAGAGCCCAGCGGCAUGUGGGAUGUGCACACCCGCGUUGGUGGCUUCACUGGUAGCAACCUCCAGGUCGCCCAAUGCCUCAAGACGCCAAGCUCGUCGGCCGUCAACGCCAAUUGUAUUGCGGCCUACAUGGGCAUGCACGUCACCAAGGGCGCCAGCGGUCUAUACAUGGAGAAUGUUUGGAUUUGGACCGCAGACCACGACAUCGACGACCCCAAUCUGACGCAGACCACCAUCUAUGCUGGCCGUGGUCUGCUCGUCGAGAGCACCGCCGGAAACAUCUGGCUGAUGGGCACCGCUUCUGAACACUUUGUGCUCUACCAGUACCAGUUCUUGAACACCCAAAACAUCGUUGGUGCGCAGUUCCAGACCGAGACUCCAUACUACCAACCGAUGCCCCAGGCCACGAGCCCCUUCCCGCCCGUAUCAGCAAUCAGCGACCCCGACUUUGCCGUCUCCUGCCGCGGAAUUGCCGGAAACUGCGCCAACGCUUGGGGUGUCCGCUACAUCGGCUCUCAUGACAUUGCCGUCUACGGGUCCGGACAGUAUUCGUUCUUCAACAACUACAGCACGACGUGCUCCACUGUCGAGGCCGGCGAGAACUGUCAGUCGAGGAUCGUAGAGUUGCAGGGUCCGGUUUCCAACAUCAACAUCUACAACCUCAACACCAUCGGAUCUCUGAGCAUGAUCGACAGGGAUGGGACGUCACUGGCGAGGUGGUCGGACAAUAUCAACACCUUUGCUCAGACGAUUGCCAUGUUCAAAUCCAACUGAUUUA